AGCGCUUUCACAGAGCGGGGGCAGUCCCAUUUCGGAAGAAGACGAUGACAAUCUACAGCUUUUAUAUAUUCGAUAGGCGAGUAGAUUGUACUCCUUAUGCUUUUAUUGCUGUUGAUAUUUCUCUCCAGACAUUGCACAUGCGUUUAUUAUCAGGAUUGGCAUCGUACACGUCGCCCAAAACUUGCAGUAGAAGGAACCCUCUUACCAGCCGUCUCCCAAACCGUCUCAGCACCCAAUCCUAACGCGUCCGAACCGUCUACUUCUACGUUCAGCAGUCCCAGAAACACGCUCUCUUCGACUUCGGGUGUGGUUGUGGCAGUCAACGAUGCUGCGAGUUCAACACCGCCUCCACCAACCUUACCUGCUGCCGGCGCUGACGUGACCUCAAGCACAGGACUCUCAUUCGAUGAGGAAGCCAAACUCGUCUACGGCGUAGUCCUUUCACUUCGUAAUAUGAUUAAAAAGAUAUCGGGAAGAGACGAACAAUUCGUCAAUUAUAGAACUUCUUCCUACAAACUCCUUCUCUUUGAAACUAUUUCAGGCUAUAAAUUCACUUUACUCAGUGACCCAUUCGCCGAUUCAACAUCCCUACGUUUAGCUCUACGGGGAGUUUAUGUCGGACCCUUUCUCGAGUACGUUGUGCGCAAUCCUCUCGUCACUAUGGACUCCAAGACACACGGAAUAGAUAACGAGUACUUCCGUAGUAGCGUCGACCGUGUUAUGAGAGGACUGCCUGCUUUUUUCUGACAUCGAUUUAUUUGCAUUCCUUGGUAUCGAUCGAGGCGUCCCGUUGUUGUUACAGGGUGAACAGGUACUGCCAGGUGCCAAAUACUAAAGAAUCUCAGCAAUUAAAUACCCCCCGAACCAAGCAUGUGAUUCAAGUGCCCAUUUGACAGCUUGCUUUGAGG